UUCGGAUCCUAAAAAAUGGAAAACUUUGGUGCCAAAAAUAGGCAAAAUCAAAAUACCCAAAACCCACCAAUGAAAUCUGACAAAUGUUUGUUGUCAACACAAAUUUUGUUGAGAAUUUUGGCAAUUGCAUUCACAUUGGCAGCCACUUCGAUGAUUCUCACAAGCAAACAGGCGGUUACUGUAUUUGGCAUUGAAAUGGAUGCACGCUAUAGUUAUUCUUCAGCUUUCAAGUUCUUUGCUAUUGCAAAUAUGAUUGGAUGUGCCUUCUCUGUUUUGUCCUUGAUUUUGGCCUCUGUUCUUGGCCAUAAAACUCCUGACCCAAAGAACUAUUUUUACAUGUUCAUUCAUGAUUUGAUUACGAUGGCAUUGCUACUGGCUGGAUGUGCAGCAGCAACAGCAGUUGGAUAUGUGGGAAAAUAUGGAGAGAGUCAUUCAGGAUGGAUGCCAAUUUGUGAUCAUGUUGACAAAUUUUGUCGCAAAGUUUCACAUAGUAUCAUGCUUUCUUAUGUUGCAAUGAUACUCUACCUUUGCCUCACUAUAAUAUCUGCAAAUCAAUCCAGAAAAAUCAUAGUUUAACAAGUAGAAACAAAAAACAAUGAUCA